ACGGGCUAUAAAUACCAAAGGGCUCACGAGCGCGAUUCACGUGACAUUCUGCUCCUGUCUCUGUCUUUGCGCACGCACACACUCUUUCUAUCCGCCGGAGAUCCACCGCAGACUUCGCCGGACGUCAUGUAUUCCGUCAUCCUAGCUACUUAUACGUAUCUGAUCACUCACUUCAGUGACUUUCAGCUGGCGUGUAUUGGAAGUUUCCUCCUUCAUGAAAGUGUUUAUUUCUUGUCAGGGCUACCUUUUUUAUACUUUGAGAGGGGAGGUUGGCUUGCAAAGUACAAAAUCCAGAAGAAAAAGAAUACAGUUGAAGCUCAGGAGAAAUGUAUUAGUCGCCUCUUGCUAUAUCAUUUCUUUGUCAACCUUCCAGUUAUGGUUUUCUCAUACCCCGUCUUCAGAUUAAUGGGAUUGAGAAGUAGUCUUCCAUUACCAUCCUGGAAAGUAGUGUGUACACAGAUUUUCUUCUACUUCAUUAUAGAGGAUUUUAUAUUUUAUUGGGGCCACAGAGUUUUACAUACAAAAUGGUUGUACAAGCAUGUCCACAGUGUUCAUCACGAGUAUGCAACACCCUUUGGACUGAAUUCUGAAUAUGCUCAUCCAGCUGAAAUACUGUUUCUCGGUUUUGCUACUAUUGCUGGUCCUGCCAUCACUGGACCUCAUUUGAUCACUCUGUGGUUGUGGAUGGUAGUGAGAGUCCUCGAAACUGUUGAAGCACAUUGUGGUUACCAUUUCCCCUGGAGCAUUUCAAACUUCUUGCCCUUAUAUGGGGGAGCUGAUUUUCAUGACUAUCAUCACCGUCUGCUCUAUACCAAGUCUGGCAACUAUUCAUCCACUUUUGUUUACAUGGACUGGAUAUUUGGUACUGAUAAAGGUUACAGAAAAUUGAAGGCUAUCACUGAAGAUGAUGAGAUUGACGCCAAGCAAUAUAAUUCAGUAUCGACUGUUGUGGCAUCACAAGAUGGAUCAGAAGCUAAAGCAUCUUGGUAAAUCUUCCUAUUGGUUCAUCUUCAUAUCGUUCAUGAUUGCUCUACAGUUUACCUUGUCCUAGUUUAUCUUGUAUCUUUGGAGUCGGAUCGAAGGUUGCUCUGGAUGUUAAUUGUCUUUGUAUCCAAGUUUCGACAUGAAUUAAGUUUCUUUGGUACCUUUUGUCGUAAUGUUCUUGGACGGGUGUUCUAGUUAUGCAUGUGUGAGUGAUGAAUACAAUUACAGUUGGCUGAUCCUGGCAUA